UUUCACUAUCUGUUUUCCUUUCUCUCUCUUCAAGAUGGCAUUGAAACCCCACCCAUAAUUUCUCUCUCUCUCUCUCUCUCUCUGCCAGGAAAAUUGAGCCGUUUCUCUUUAAAGGCCUCUGAGAUCUACUGCGUGUGUAGGACUCUAGAUUAGGAGAUAGAGAUUGGCAGAGAAACUGAAAUAAAACAAUAUAACUGGAAGGGAAAGCUCACAGAGGAAGCUUGAGGAUUGACGCCAAAGGCAGAGUACCGAAUGAUUGGAGCGGUUGAAGUUCGUUCCAUGGCUGGAGUUGAGACCGUUGUUAGUUGUGCUCUGUAAUUCUAGUAGUUGGAUCGAAGUUUCGCGAGGAUUGGAUGGACGCUCUGCUUAUUCUCAGUAGAUGAAUGGAAUGUUGAAUGGGCUAAAGUUUACAAUGCAGUAGCCAUUUCAAAAAGUUAGGUUUGAUCUGCGCAAGUGUAUUGGAAUAGCCUGCGCAACUCACCAUCGUCAUUGGUUGCACUUUCUUAACCUAUUUGUGUCCUCCAAAGACAGUAAAUUGGGUUCAUGUAUUGUGGCAUAAUCAGUUGGUGCUAGUUCUUUUUUCUCUCCUGCAGUUAAAGUGCUUCUAUCUUUCCUUUCCUUUUCAAGCAGUGGCUACCUCAGCUUGCGAGUCUAGUUUUGCAGAGUAGUUCAGGAAGGCCAUUUGUAAUCCAUUGCACUGGAAAUUUGGUUCUCCUAGAGUCCAUAGCUAUGGAAUCCACCAAUCCUAAUGCUAACAUUAUGCCGGGUGUUCUACAGCGGUUGCUUCCUGUUGUUGGACCUGUUCUUGUGAUUUCAGUUGGAUAUAUUGACCCUGGAAAGUGGGCAGCAACUGCUGAAGCAGGUGCCCGUUUUGGCUCUGACCUCGCAGCAUUGAUGCUUAUUUUCAAUUUUGCAGCUAUUUUAUGUCACUAUUUGUCAGCUCGGAUUGGUGUAGUCACCGGAAGAGAUCUUGCACAGAUAUGCAGUGAGGAGUAUGACAAGGGCACAUGCAUAUCCUUAGGAAUUCAAACAGAGGUUUCUGCGAUUCUGUCAGACCUAACCAUGAUCCUCGGCAUCGCACAUGGGCUUAAUCUUCUGUUUGGUUGGGACUUGUUCACUUGUGUCUUUUUGACUGCCGUUAAUGCCAUUUUGUACCCUCUUUUUUCCUCCUUCCUGGAAACUUGCAAGGCGAAGGUCCUAUGCAUAUAUGUUGCAGGAUUCAUACUCCUUUCCUUUGUUCUUGGAGUAAUUAUCAGUCAACCAGAAAUGCCCCGUUCCAUGAAUGGGAUGCUAACAAAGCUGAGUGGGGAGAGUGCAUUUGCGCUGAUGAGUCUUCUUGGUGCAAGCAUGAUGCCUCACAGUCUUUAUUUUCAUUCUUCUAUAGUGCAGCAAUGUCAGCAGCAGGCAACUGUUCCCAAGGGUGCUUUGUGUCAUAACCAUUUAGUUGCCAUAUUAUGCAUCUUCAGUGGUGUUUAUAUGGUGAAUUAUGUCUUUAUGACCUCAGCGGAAAAUUUAUUCUACAGUCCAGAGGCAAGUUCUGGCCUUGUUGUGCUUACGUUUCAGGAUGCAAUGUCGCUAAUGGAACAGGUCUUUUGGGGUCCAAUAGUACCGGCUUCCUUCUUACUGGUUCUCAUUCUGUCAAAUCAAAUCACAGCAUUAAGCUGGAGUCUGGGUGGAGAUGUAGUCCUGAAUGAAUUUUUGAAAGUGGACCUUCCUGGUUGGCUUCAUUGCGCUACUAUCAGAAUUAUUGCCAUUGUUCCAGCCCUUUAUUUUGUUUGGAGUUCAGGAGCCGAAGGAAUGUAUCAACUGCUUAUAUUCACACAAGUUUUGGCAGCUCUGCUACUACCAUCUUCUGUGAUCCCUAUUUUUAGAAUUGCUGCUUCAAGACCAAUAAUGGGUGCCCAUAAAAUUUCACAAUUUGUUGAAUUCUUAUCCCUAAUUACGCUUAUUGGGAUGCUUGGAUUGAAAAUUAUAUUUGUAGUAGAAAUGAUUUUUGGGAAUAGUGAAUGGGGUGGUAAUUUAAGGUCGAAUGGCGGGAGUAGUAUGUUACUAUUCCUCACUGCUUGUGCAUCAUUUGGUUUGAUGAUUUGGCUAGCUGCUACCCCAUUAAAAUCUGCAAGUGUCCGAUUAGAGGCUCAGGUGUGGAACUGGGAACUGAUGGAGGGUACACCAGAUUCAUUGACGAAUGAAGAAGAGAUUAACAGAGCUGAACCUCAAUAUCAUAGAGAGGCAAGUGUCCAGAGCCAUGAACCGUCACCAUCAUUUGGGUUGGAUGCUGAUUCAGAAGUUGCAAAUUUUGAUCUGGAUCUAGCUGAUACUAUCAUGGAGGCUGAUCAGGAACUUCACCAAACAACUGUAGCAGAGAAUAAUAAUUCUCAUAUUACCUUUCCUUGCUCCCCUAAAAGCCGCAUGGAGGGAUCCAGAUCUGCAGUGGAGUCAUUUCCAGUCUCAACUGUUGUUAAUGAUGUUUCUGAUGUCACAUUGGAGGACACCAGUGCACUGAAGUUCAAGUCAACAGAGUCAAUUGAGAAGACUGUUGAAGCUGAAGCAGACUUACCAACCGAAAAAGAUGAUGAUGAGGGAGAUACCUGGGAGCCUGAAGAAUCAUCAAAAGGGGUUUCUGGGAGCACUGUGCCAUUGGCCUCUGAGGGCUCGGGAUCAUUUAGGAGUCUAAGUGGAAAAGGCGACGAUGGAGGAAGUAGUGCAGGAAGCCUUUCAAGAUUAGCAGGGUUGGGGCGUGCUGCAAGGCGUCAACUAGCUGCUGUGCUUGAUGAAUUUUGGGGACAACUGUAUGAUUUCCAUGGGAAUGUAAUUCAAGAUGCAAAGGCUAAAAAGUUGGACCUUUUGUUGGGAUCAGAUUCAAAGUCUGUGUCGUCCUUGCUGAAAGUUGAUACCAGUCCAAAGGAAACUUCUGGAUUCUUUCCAUCUGCAGGAGGCAGAGGAUCUGAUUCUCUAAUCAGCUCAAGUUUAUAUGAGUCUGCAAAGCAGCAUAGGGUUCAAAGCAGUUUAGAGUCAUAUGCGGUCCAAAGGGGAUCUUCCUCAUCGUUGCCUAGCCGCAUGCAGUUGUUAGACGCCUAUGUGCAAAAUUCAAGCCACAGCAUUAUUGGCUCUGGUGAGAGGCGCUAUUCAAGUGUACGCAGUAUCCCAACUACUGAAAGUGGUGAGAGGCGCUAUUCAAGUGUGCGCAGUAUCCCAACUUCUGAGAGUGGUGAGAGGCGCUAUUCAAGUGUGCACAGUAUCCCAACUUCUGAGAGUUGGGAUUACCAGCCAGCCAUAGUACACGAUUAUCAGAUUGCAUCAUAUCUCAAUCGAAUGGAAAAUGACAAAAGUUCUGAUAACUUGAAUGGUCAAAUGGAGCCAUCAGUCCUACAGUCUGGUUCUUCGUUGGGUGCUGGAAACUACAGAGAUUCACUUGCAUUUACCAUGGGGCAGAAGUUGCAAACUGGGUUAGGAUCUGGUCAGGCCUCCAGUUUUCAGAACUUUACAGUAUCUAGAAAUAGUCCAAUGCAAUCUGAAAGGCCGUAUUAUGAUCCACGGUCUUCUGGAAUUGCUGAGAAUGUGGUAAGUCCAGCCAAUGCAAAGAAAUAUCAUAGUUUACCAGACAUUCACCGGGAGCUUUACAUGCCUGAUAAAAAUGCUAACUGGGAAAGUCCUCUUGGGUAUGGAUCAUCUGCUGGGAUGACCGGUUAUGAAUCAUCCUUGUAUUCAAAUUCUGGGGUACGAACAGGAGCUCCUUUGGCAUUUGAUGAACUCUCUCCAAAAGUCUACAAUUCUCUGUCAUCACAACAGAGUUCUACUUUCAACACUGGGUCGCUCUGGUCUAGACAGCCUUUUGAGCAAUUUGGUGUGGCUGAUACUAAUCGUACUAUUGGUAGUGGAAUUGGUAAUAGGGUAGGUUCUGUAAAUCAAGAAACAACUUCAGUUGCAGAUUCAGAGGCGAAGCUUCUACAGUCUUUCAGGCAUUGCAUUGUGAAGCUUUUGAAAUUGGAAGGGUCUGACUGGUUGUUUACGCAAAAUGAUGGGGUUGAUGAGGAUCUAAUUGAUCGUGUGGCUUCAAGGGAAAAAUUUCUUUAUGAAGCUGAAACUAGAGAGAUAAACCGAACAGGUCAAAUGGGCGAGCCGCAGUACCAUUCUUCAGAUAGGAAGCCUGCUUCUGCAAUGAAGAAUAAUGAUUUGAGUCAGUUUAUGUUUUCCUCGGUUCCUCAUUGUGGGGAGGGGUGUAUAUGGAAGGCAGAUUUGGUAGUAAGCUUUGGGGUUUGGUGCAUCCACCGCAUUCUUGAUUUAUCACUUAUGGAAAGCCGGCCAGAGCUAUGGGGGAAAUAUACCUACGUUCUCAACCGGCUUCAGGGGAUUAUUGAUUCGGCAUUUUCAAAGCCUCGUUCUCCGAUGUCACCAUGCUUCUGCCUUAAAGUUCCCGCUGCACACCAGCUGAAAUCAAGUCUAUCAUUUUCAAAUGGAAUACCUCCUGCUGCUAAACCAGCCAGGGGAAAAUCCACAACUGCAGUAACGCUUCUAGACAUAAUCAAGGAUGUGGAGAUUGCAAUCUCUUGUCGAAAGGGCCGGACAGGGACAGCAGCCGGUGAUGUAGCUUUCCCAAAGGGAAAAGAAAAUCUGGCAUCUGUCCUCAAACGCUACAAGCGUAGAUUAUCCAACAAAGCCGUUGGCACUCAUGAGGGUCCUGGUUCGCGCAAGUCUCUGACAUCUGCUCCUUAUGGGUAAUAGCUUUCGGUUUCAUACAGACACAGUAUGUCUCAACUGGUUUAUGGAGCUGUUUGAUUUUGGAAAACAGCUCAUCUUCUGGAUCAAAACACUCAGUUAAGACCGUUUCUUUCUCUCUCGUUCUCUGUAUCAAAGUCGUUGCUGCAAUUUGUAUUUCCUUGUAUUUUAACAUAUACAUAGGUAAGAAUUGCUGGAUCUGUAAUUGCAGCAUCAUCAAAGAAAAUGGGUGGAAGGUUGAAAAUUGGUUUUUGCAAAUUUUUAGAUGCUUUGCUUGCUUGCUUGCUUGCUUCUGUUACUUGUUCUAACAAGAUUGAAAUUUGCAAAACCCCGGAACCCCUGGGGUUUUCAAUCAUCUCUCUUCCAUUGCAGGAAGUUAUGUAUGGCUGGGAUGUAAUCCAAGAUGUUUGACAUGAAUGCAAAUACUAAUGUGCCAGUUGACAAUACUGACAUAAAAAUACUUUUGAUUUUGA